CUAUGGAGCACCUGAUCCACAGAUUACUGAACAAAGAUCCAGACAUCAGGCCAUCAGCCAAUGAAAUUCUGUCUAUGCCUCAGCUGCGGUCCUACACGUUACGUUAUGAGCAAGGUGAAGGUCACACACGGAGUUCUACUGCAGAGAAACUAUUGUCAAUUAUUUCACCUGAAGAUGGAAGCAGCCAAUCACUUAACCCUCACAAAGAUGCAUCAGAGCAGAAACAGGACAGUAAGAAAUCAAACGAAGAAAUUGAUAAAGUUUCAUCGUCUAAAGAUAGAAUUAUUCCAGAAGUUUCUGGAGGGAAAUCUUCAGAAUGUAAACUAGUAUAUGUAAAUGGUUCCGAUGUAGCACCAGUAAAGGACAAAAAAGUCUGGUCUAAAGGCGGCAGUGUUAAAGUAGUCCCUCGUCCAGUAAAGAAAAUACCCAUGGCGAGAAACAACACUCAUCUGGCUCUCAGGAAAAUGUCGGUCAAUAAGAUGGAGGAGAAGCAAUCCGAUAACAUAAGUAAGCAGAAAUCAAGAGAGAGGGCUCUGCAGACAUUAAAGGAGGAUAACACUAGGAGAAAAAAAGUGUCUAACGAUAAAGAAAAUAUUGAUCCCAGCCAACUCUCUGGUAAAACAUAUGCUGUGAAAAAUCCUAAGUUUCGACACCUGUCAUAUGCUGCCCCCAGAAUCUGUAGUAUUGUCAGCCGCCAGAGGUCAACACAGUCAGCUGACCUUGAACAAGCAAACAAGAGAGGCUCAAAGAUUGGAAUAAAGUUAGCUGAUAAAGCUGAUGCUGGGGAGAAAUCCAGUGAUUCUAAAAGUACAACAGCAGAGGACAUGAGGACGAUGAUAGUGAACGAUGUCCCUGAAGACAAUGACGAUGAGGUGUUUCACAACACGCUUUCCAUGUCAGCAGAAAUGGUGAUUCCCCAUGAAGCUGUUGAUUCCUGUGAUCAACAAGGCAAGAGAAAAUCAUUAGGAAUGCAACCAAACUGUUGGAAGACUUACAUCAAAGGGAAGCAACUUCCAAGGAGAUCCACUUCCUGUGACAACGUAGUUAAAGCUAAAAGUUCUGGACAGAAAAUUGGGCAGCGGGCAAUAUCAGACGGCAAUUUCCAGGGAGUUGGGAGGAAUGUGAAUGAAAAAACUUACCUUGUGUCAAAACUUGCUUCGAAGGAGGGAGAUUCCAGGGUGGACAAGCUACCUCCAUCAGGGAAAAGGACUGUGGCUGUGUUUAUUGCUAAGACAUUAUUCUCUGCCAUCCUGGACACUCAGUUAACACCUUCAGCAGCAGGAGGUGCCCUCUACUGCCACCUGGUGGGGGUAUUUGGUCAACAGAGGGCGAAACAGUUGGUAGAAUGUACGUCACGGUGUCUUACACAACAAAAGGACUUCAGUGUGAUACAACAGGAAUACAGUGAUAAUGAACUUGUCUACUUCCCCCUGGUGGUCCAGUACUUCACACUUCAGAACGUCAUGGACUAGAGCUGUCCUUGCACUA